AUGGCUGUUGCGGAUCGUAUUGUAUCUACUAAGCAAGAGAAUGUUUCAAGUAUCAGUGUGUUUGCUGUAGCUGAACCGAAUCGAUCAACACGUGAUUUAACCGAAGAGAAUGUUGCUUUUGUAUGGUUUCAAAUGCUAUCUGAAAUCCUUGUGCAAAUGCCACAAUUACCAACAGCACGUGAUGAAAUGCUUGAAGAGUGGCGUCAAGCAUGUCAUAUUGGGCAUGAUCAGACAAAUAUUAUAAAAGAAUUUUGUCGUGAUUACAAUCCGAAAAAGGCACUCUAUUGGUACACACGAGAUACAGAUCUCUAUAAACUUCUCAAUAAAGCAUUGCGAACGGAAAAUGUCGACAAUAUUUACAAGUUUCGAUUUUUUAUUGUUGAUUUACAUCGGCAACUAACUGAGUUAUUUCAAACAUCUGUUCCUAUCAACCACGUAUUGACAGUAUAUCGUGGUCAACGUAUGACAAUUCGUGAAGUUGAACAUUUGCGUCGUAAUCAUUACGGUCUAAUCUCAAUGAAUAGUUUUAUUUCAACAUCUAUCAGUAAGAAAGUAACAGAAGAGUUUCUCGCACAAUCAAGUAAAGAAAAACAAGAGAAAACUGUAGCAGUUCUGUUCAAGAUGACCCUUCGUGCUGAUGUAGCUCGACAAACGGAUAAGCCAUUCGCCAAUAUUCGAAAGUUUAGUUCCUAUCCGAAAGAAGAAGAAAUUCUCUUGAGCAUGGGUACUAUAUUUCGGAUUGAUGAAAUCGAACAACGUUCAUCGGAUUUCUUUUAUUUCGAGUUGACCAUGUGCAUAGGCAAUACGGAUCCUCAGGUGAAUAUCAAUCGAACUCAAACUCACGUUUAUUUCAUAUAA